UCUCCUUCAUAUGGGACUCGCUCCUUCAUACACCCGCCCUCCACCCUCCCUUAUCACCUUGUGAGAGACCAGAAGCACAACAUUAAAACAGUACAAUAUAAUUUAUACGAAGGUGACGGUUCCUAUAUAUUCUACAAAAAUGUUGUUCACGAUCUAUUCAAGGGAGCUCCCCCCGGAUUCUUCGUGGAGGCUGGAGCUUUGGAUGGGGAGUUUCUCUCUAACACUCUGUCUCUGGAGAAGGAGAGUGGAUGGACGGGAUUGCUAGUGGAGACCGAUGGAGACAUGUUCAAACAAUUGUUGCAGAAACGACGUCGGUCAUGGGCAAGCCACACCUGCCUGGCUACCCAAGCUCACCCACACCUCGCCACACUCGUCAAAUAUCUCCAUCAAGCGCAGUUUGAUCCUUUCACGAAUUUCGCAGCGAGGGCUCGUUCAUUAUUAAUAAAUGUGUCUCCAGGGACCGCCCUAGAGAUGUCAGAGGUGGGGUAUCGAAUCUACGAGUCCGUGCAGUGUUUGCCUCUGGCUACGCUGCUCCUGGCGAUCAACGUCACCCACGUAGACAUGGUAUCUCUUGACGUAGAGGGCGCUGAAGUGGAUAUCUUGCGCUACUUUCCGUGGGAUCGUUUUACAAUAGACGUUUGGCUGGUAGAACACGAAAUUCGCACUCCUAAUUCUAUCAGCUCAGCCAUACUUUCCUCACUAAUGUCACCACUUGCUACCCAAAAAGCAUCAAAAUCCUUAAUCAGUAAGGAAAUAUCACCUCACUCAUCGGAACGAGAGAGAAUAGAUGAAGAGUUUGUCAACAUGUUCAUCGAACAAGGCUAUGAACUAUACACCGUGAACACUAAUUUCAUUCCCAACUAUGUUUUCAUUCUGAAAGGAUCAAGUGUACAUAAAAGACUCAAGAAGGGUGGGAAGCAGCAUCCCUGA